AUCGGCGAGGGGCUCGACACCUCCAAGCCCAAGUGCUACAUCCUCGACAUGUUCCCCUACCCCAGUGGGGCUGGGUUGCAUGUUGGGCACCCCCUUGGAUACACGGCAACUGACAUUCUGUCAAGAUUCAAGCGCAUGAAAGGCUUCAACGUUUUGCAUCCAAUGGGAUGGGAUGCAUUUGGUCUUCCUGCUGAGCAGUAUGCUAUUCAGACGGGAACCCACCCUAAGAUUACCACUGAAAGAAACAUUGAGCGCUUUCGCACACAGCUUAAAUCGUUGGGUUUUUCAUAUGAUUGGGAUCGUGAAAUCUCCACGACAGAGCCGGGUUAUUAUAAAUGGACACAAUGGAUUUUCCUUCAACUGUUAAAGAGAGGACUUGCUUAUCAGGCUGAGGUACCUGUCAAUUGGUGCCCUGCUCUUGGAACUGUCCUGGCGAAUGAAGAAGUAGUAGAUGGUGUGAGCGAACGUGGUGGCUAUCCUGUUAUACGAAAGCCAAUGCGCCAGUGGAUGCUAAGGAUAACAUCUUAUGCUGAUCGUCUUCUUGAAGAUUUGAAUGAUCUUGAUUGGCCCGAGAGUAUCAAGGAAAUGCAAAGAAACUGGAUAGGGAGAUCAAAAGGUGCUGAGCUUAUUUUUUCUGCAGUUGACCAGGAAGGACAUGACCUGGGUGCCACUUUAUUGGUUUACACAACGAGGCCUGACACGAUUUUUGGUGCAACAUAUCUUGUUGUGGCACCUGAGCAUGUUUUACUGUCAUCUCUAACAUCUGAGGAACAACGAGCACAUGUAGAGGAAUACAGAGAACUUUCAGCAAGAAAGAGUGAACUAGAAAGGACUGAACUUCAGAAGGAAAAAACUGGGGUUUUCAGUGGUUCUUAUGCUAAGAACCCAGCAACCGGGGAAAUCAUUCCAAUAUGGGUGGCAGAUUAUGUUCUAGGAAGCUAUGGCACUGGGGCUAUCAUGGCAGUGCCUGCACAUGAUUCUCGCGACCAUGAAUUUGCUGUGAAAUAUGAACUUCCAAUCAUUAAGGUUGUAAGUCCACCGAAUGGUAAUUGUGAUCCAGUGGAGGCAUAUGAAGAUGAUGGCAUCAUGAUUAAUUCAUCUAGUUCUUCAUCUGGACUGAAUAUUAACGGAAUGCUUUCCCAAGAUGCUGCUAAGAAAGUUACUGAGUGGAUAGAGAAUAAUGGUUUUGGAAAGAAAAAGGUAAACUACAAGCUUCGAGAUUGGCUUUUUGCCAGACAGCGCUAUUGGGGUGAACCUUUCCCUGUGAGCUACCUUGAUGAUACCAAUGAAAUGGUUCCUCUUACAGAAGAUGACUUGCCCUUGACCCUUCCUGAAUUGGAUGAUUUCACUCCAACUGGUACUGGGGAGCCACCUUUGACCAAAGCAACAAAUUGGGUUAGAACCAUUGACCCUUCAUCUGGGAAGCCUGCGAGAAGAGAAACAAGCACCAUGCCACAAUGGGCUGGAUCUUGCUGGUACUAUUUGAGGUUCAUGGAUCCCAAAAACUGCAGUAUAUUGGUUGAUAAGGCUAAAGAAAGGUAUUGGGGUCCAGUUGACAUCUACGUUGGUGGUGCUGAACAUUCUGUCUUGCACUUGCUUUAUGCAAGAUUUUGGCACAAGGUUCUUUAUGACAUGGGUGUAGUCUCCACUAAAGAGCCCUUCAAGUGCCUGAUAAAUCAAGGAUUGAUACUAGGAGAAAUUGAGUAUACUGCAUAUAGAGACAAUGAAGGCAGAUGGGUUUCUGCAGACUCAGACUCAAGUUUGAUUGAUUGCUACCAAGAAAAAGUAGCUCCAGACAAGGUUACAAAAGUUGGAGAUCAUUAUGUUCUGAAGGAUAAUCCAAACAUUCGUCUGAAUGCUCGUGCCUACAAGAUGAGUAAAAGUCGAGGGAAUGUCAUCAACCCUGAUGAUGUUGUUUCAGAAUAUGGCGCUGAUUCUCUUCGCUUGUACGAAAUGUUCAUGGGGCCAUUGAGAGAUUCAAAGACAUGGAGCACUGGGGGAAUCGAAGGUGUGCACCGCUUCCUUGGACGAACGUGGAGACUCAUAGUUGGUCCACAAUUAUCUGAUGGAUCAUAUAAUGAUGGAACCAUGACUACCGAAGAUGAACCAACCUUGGAUCAGCUUCGAGUUCUUCACAGAUGUAUUGCAAGGGUCACGGAGGAAAUUCAGGAAACAAGAUUUAACACUGCAAUAUCUGCAAUGAUGGAGUUUGUGAAUGCUGCAUACAAGUGGGAAACCCAGCCAAAAUCUGUUAUUGAAUCCUUUGUUCUGCUGCUUUCACCCUUCGCGCCACACUUGGCUGAGGAGCUUUGGUUUCGCCUCGGACAUCCACAAUCAUUGGCCUAUGAACAGUUUCCAGAGGCAAAAAGUGAGUACCUGGAGGAAUCAAAGCUUGUACUCCCUGUCCAAAUCAAUGGAAAGACCAGGGGUACAAUCCUUGUUGACAAAGCGUGCUCUGAGGAUGAUGUUUUUCAAAUUGCAGCCUCGGAUGAGAAACUCUCCAAAUAUCUUGAUGGGAAAGGCAUCAGGAAGAAAAUUUAUGUGCCUGGAAGGAUCUUGAAUGUUAUCUUAGAUCAACAAAAGUCAAGGACCUGAUAAUUGCUCUUGUUUGUCCAUUUAUCUCGUUAUGAGUCAGGAAUAGAGAUCAAUAAGACAUGACAGAUCUGUAAAUUUGUUUUUUAGCACUUGCAGUUUACUGUCAAUUUGCCAACAACAACAACGUCGAACACUCGUUAGGUUAAUGUUAAAAUCCAACAGAAACCGUCAGUCAAGGUUAAGCAUAUGGAUAGUUAUUUUUAUGCACUCUUUGGGGUAUUUGAAACUGCUCUAGGUUCCAGC